ACAGAGGUCGGGCACACCAGCUCCCGAGGACCGCUCACUCACCACCUGCACGGUUAAAUAGCGUCUGUAUCUCAUUAAUGGUCUCAGUCACCCGGCGGCUACAGUGUGAGGUUGUCUCCUGCACCAGUUUGUGAGGCAGCGCUUGUACAGAAAGCACUGCCGCUCCAGUAUAUACACCACUAGCGAUUCUGCUACUCCCAGUACUGCUGUGUAUCACUGAGCACCGUCUGUUCCUCUGGCUGAUACGUCUUUCCUUCCAACUCCCGUUCCAUUUGUCCCUUCCACAAGACAAGAUGCCGUACGACUUUUCCACCUGGGACAGGAACUGUUUGGAGGAGCAAGUGAUACCCAUUGACGGUACUGUGAAAGGUACAGUACCACCCUGGCUUCGAGGCUCGUAUCUGCUGGAUGGCCCGGGGCGCAUGACCUAUGGGGAGAACGAGUUCAACCAUGUCUUCGACGGCUCAGCGUUGCUGCAGAAAUUCACCUUCGGGGAGACUGGCGUGAGUUUCGCCUCCAGGUUCCUCCGCAGUUACGCCUACACCACUAACCUUGAACACAAGCAAAUCGUCGUCUCAGAGUUCGGGACGACGGGCAAGUCCAUCGCCAAAAGUGCACUCAGCAAGUUGGGAGAUAAGUUUGCCUUCGACAAGAUGUUCUCAGACAACGCGCCAGUUGGUGUAGUCAUCUUUGGUGGUGAGUACUACUGCACCACGGAGGCGCCCUUCCUGCACAAGAUCAACCCAAAUACACUUGAAACUAUCAGCAAGGUGGACUUACACAAGGAGCUGGGAAUCAACUCACAGUGCCCCAACCCUCGCACGCUGGCUGACGGCACAACCCUCAACAUUCUACACGGUGUUGGUGCCACUGGUCCCAAGUAUGAUAUCAUGACCUUCCCCGCCACACCUUUAGAAGGCAAGAGCAGCGUGUUCGCCAAGCCCAAGAAGAUCGGGUCGGUGGACGCCCGCUGGAAGCUCAACCCCUGUCACAUGCACUCCUUCGGCCUCACAGAGAACUAUUUGGUGCUACUUGAACAACCACUCACCAUCGACGUUAGAGCCAUGGUCGCUAACACCAUCAGAGAGAAGCCCUUCAUAGGCGGAAUGGAGUGGUUGGAGAACAAACUGGUGAAGAUUCACUUAGUGAGUCGCGAGACGGGCAAGGAGGUGAAGCUGAAGAUAAAGUGCGAGUCAUUCUUCUUUAUGCACAUCAUCAACUCUUAUGAGAAAGACAAUCACGUCAUCAUCGAUGUCAACGCAUACAAGAAGCCAGACCUCCUUCAUGCCUUCCACCUCAAAAACCUCAGGGUGGGAUAUUCAGAACAUGCACAUGUGUAUGUGUGUGUGUGUGUGUGUGUGUGUGUCGCGUGCGCGCUUGCAUGUGCAUGUGAGCGUGUGUAUGGUCCUGUGUUAGAGCUUGUGCUCUACCACAGGAUCCUUCCUUUAACUUUCAUGCGGAAGUCUUCUGUUUUUAUUCGCCUCGUUAAUUUUGUAUUGUCACAAACACUGACAUGUAGCGGUCUAUCUCCUUCUUGUUUCAUCUGUAGGGUGUCCCACUCCUUGUUUAAAACAAAGACUAGACUUCUCGAUUACGGAGAUACUUCACAUACUUUGUGCUAAAGUAAGCUCCGUUCC